AGUUUGACCCGAGUCUGUCUUCCUGGGGAGCUGGCCCUGCCCUGGCCCCCCGUCAGGUGGAGGCACCUGACGUCGCCCCGUCCUGCAGGCUGCGGCCUCGGCUGGGGAGGCCUGGCGGUCCGGUACCUGCUGUCUGAACCUCUGGUCCAGUGGCUCCCGAACGCAAAUUAUCCUGUCGUGUUUUGCUGUUUGGCAAAAUUAUUUUUAAUUUGUUCAAAAAAGAGCAUCAUAUGUGCGUAUUAGGUAAAGCACUUGGAUGGGCUCGUAGCCGUGACAGGAGCUAGGGGGGUGUGGGGGGAUGUCUGACCGCCAGGCACAAGCGAGGCUGCGCGGUCAUCCGAUACUGUUUCCCACGGUUGUUCCGUGCUCCCUGUGGCCCGCGCUUCCCUGGGGAGCAGGGGAUGGACUCCUUGUAGUGAGUUUGGGGUCAGACCAGCGGGUGGGAGAGAGGAGCCGGCCUCCAGCUGCGAGGAGCAGGGGUUGAGCGUCACGGGGACGACCGCGAGACCCCCAGGCUCUACCCUGAUGCUCUGUGGACACGUGCACGUACCGCGAGGAGUUUUAGCUGCCGUCCCGAAAUAGGUCUGAUGAGCGACAGAACAGAAUACACGAGUGAGGAUGGUGGCCCGGGAGAAACGGGACUUGUCUCUGAGCUUCCGAGCGGCUGGCCGAGUGAGAAAGACCUUUCUCCCAUGACGAGUGUGUCGUGCGGGCCAUGACAGGAGUGUCGCCGCUCGUGUCUGACGCCGCUCCUCCGUGUGGGCUGCCGGGUCACCCCGUGGCAUCCCGUGGUGGAAGCCAUGCUGUCGGGGCACGAAGCCACGGGGGCCCCGCUCUGAGGACGUGACCUGACCAGGGGACCUUUACAGAGGGCUCCUCAAACUCUGGGGAAGGACUGGCUUGGGUGUUUUCUCAUUUAUUUUAUUCUACUUUUUAAGAUUUUGUUUGUAUUAGAGACAGGUGUGCACACGUGAGGGGCAGAAGGGGCAGAGGGAGGGAGUCUCAAGCAGACUCCCCGCUGAGCGUGGCGCUUGAGCCAACGACCCAGAUCGUGACCUGAGCCCCAAUCAGAAGUCGCACACCUAACCGACCUAUCCACCCAGGCGCCCCUCGUUUGUUUAUUUUUAGUUCAAAAUUUCCGCUUGUCACGGAUCCGUAGCUUCUGUGCCGUAGGAGAAAGGGCGCUGUGAAAACCUGUCCGUGCAUAAGUGUCUGCGUACCCGUCGUGGGCUGGGCGCGGCGUGCCACGGCCCCUCCCCAGAGCCCCCUUCCACGGGCCCCCACGGGCCCCGGUGCUUCCGGGCGCGGUGCCGUCCACCGUGUACACCGUCGGAGCCGGCGCCCGCGUUUGUCCGCGCUGCACGGCCACGCGACACGGAAGCCUGGCUCGUAGGCUCCCGCGAGAGGGCGUCUGUGCCCAGAACUCCGGAUUUCAAAGUUUUCCGUUUUUCAAAACAAAAAUUUUUUCGUCAUUUGGCUUUUUAAUGAGUCAGUGUUAAAUAUUUGAGUCUAUAAAAUACGCUUGCGCUGAUGACACAGGGCUUGGGUCAGACUUGUACCCGGGAGUUUGGGAUAAACAUUCAGAAACCGCGGCUUCGGGAGCGGACGCCGCACGCCCCUCAGAGUCCCCCCAAAACAGCGUCCCUGAGCGUGUUUUGGAGACGUGGGGCUCCCGUGUGCACAGGCGUGUGCUCCGACAGACACGUGAAGGCUUUGCACAGCCAAGCAGUCCUAGCCUAUCAAGUAAGGAUUCAAGAUAAGAAAGUAGCGAAGAAACCUUGCUGAGGAUAAAAUAGGCCAAUCAAGGGUUUCUGGGCGGAAACAAAGCGUUACAGGCUUUGGCUCAACGCAGACAAGGCAGGGCAGCCCGCGGCGCUGGCAGCGGCGGAGCCCUCCACCGGGUCGGUGCCGGGACUGCGCGUGGCGGGAGCUCGGGCUGCGGCGCUCACGUCCUCCCACCCGAGUGUCGCGCGGGCCGCUCCUUCCUCGUUUCUUGGCUGCUGGAAGAGUUUGUGGGAGCUCCGUUUUUAUUUUUAAUAAAACCAGAGACCUUCAGCUUUAUCAUCUCUAGGAAUAACUGGAGUUCUCACGCGUUUCUGUGCGUGGUGCAUAACCCACGUUUGGGGAAACGCUGUUUUCAGAUAGAGCGGAAGCAGCUCUGGAUCCGGACGAGGAGCGACGAGUCCGCGUGAGGAGGCAGGAGCAAGCCGCGCGCUCGGCCCGGAUGCUGUACGUGCUGCAGCAGCAGGUGAGAGAGAUCCAGGAAGAGUUGGAUAAAUUGAGUCCACAUAAGAUCAGACACACGAAGAAGUCGUGGGCCAUGUCGCGGCUGGCGGCUGCCCACCGAGGAGCCAUCCGGGCCUUACAAGUGUUGGUGACCCAGCUUACGGACCGCGGGGAGCAUCCAGUUCCUGCACGCUGCAGGGAGCUGGGCGGCCUCAUCCGCCAGCUGUCACUCUGCUCCGCCAGGCUGAACGCCGACUCUCCCGUCCCCGACGUGGUCGCGGACAUCCUGCGACAAAUCGAGGUAUGGAACGGACUCCGGGUUUGUUUCUAAGCAGGGAGGUAAUGCUUACUGCGGCCUCUGCUGUCGUUGGCAUUUAUGGAGAAGACACGACGAAGCUGCGGCCUGCUGAACUCAAGCUUCGCAGAGGACGGAGGACGCACCUUGGUUUUUAUUUUAUCCCUUUCACAGUCUAGUCCGUAACGCUGCGUCUCACUUGUUUGAGAAUGGGUGGCUGGGUAUAGAAUGCGCAUCGACUACUAACCAGGUCCAUUGAGUCACCAGAACGUUCCAUUCCCUUAACAUGCACUUGAGAGAGAAUCAGCACAGGAAAGGAGAGCAGCAGAGCGCUCUUCAGUUAGCGCUUGGGUGACAGUGCCAGUGUGCAGCCUCGGUGGACUUCUGGGAAGA